UAAGCAUUCACACGUUCCCUGCCCGCCGUGCGUAGCCUACCUCCCUCCCUCUCUCUCCCCGUCUUGAGUCUUCCGUCGGAGAGUGAAAUAUGGGACCAAGAAGAGGCGGUUUUCCCCAUAGCUUCGUGGUAACAGCGUUAAUAUUGGUGGCCUCCGUUUUCCUGUCGAAUUGCAGCGUCAGAACCACAUCCUUGAAUGGCCCGACAUGGUGGAGCAUCGGGAGCUUCUUCAGGAAAACUGUGAAUGAAAAACUUGGUGCGGAUAAGCUGCAGGAUUAUUUAGACAAUGAAUUCCUUUGGGAAACUCGAGUGGUGGACGGGAGUGAGACACUGACUAAGAUCAGAGACAUGGCAAUGAACCUUUUUCAAAGCACGAUCGCCAAUUUGCAGACACUCAAGGCCAUUAUUGAGGAGGAUUACGAACACUGGCCCGCCUAUGCCCGUGAAAAUAUAUCGAACAGCGUGCUCUGUUGCGGAAAGGGCAAGCCCCAUCCCUCUGGCUGCACGAUCUUGGCCACGAGACUGGACGCAAAGGCCAUGGUCCGUGCCGUGAGCCCGCCAAGUCCCGUGGUGAGACAACUCGAGAGAAUGGCCACUUUCAAGAAAAACACGACGCAUUAUUUCGCCUUUGAUGACGGGAGUUUGUACGUGCACCCUCCGAAACGGAAGGAAAACUUAGAAGCUUGUAAAGAUUAUGAUCCCAGAUUAAGGCACUUCUACACGCAGUCGAAGUCUCCCGCGCCCCGAGAUGUGGUGGCGGUCGUGGACGGCGCGAAAUGUACUGACCUGUUGCUUCAACGCACCGUCAUCAAGGUCUACAAGGAACUCACGUCCAUAGAUCGAAUCGGCCUGUGCCUCCCCGACAAAGACUCCUGCCGAACCCGCAAGGACAACUGGAUGUUGAAGCAGAUGAACGGGCCCCUCAAUCAGAAGGGCUUCCUCGGCCGCCUGCUCUUCAACAAGAAAGGCAACAGGGACGAACUGAUCAACCUUCUGCGGGUAACAAACUAUGCUCCCUUCACUGACCACGCGGCGGCGCUGAAAGCUGGCUCAGACCUGCUGAUGAAGCGAAAUGAAUCACAGUCCUUGCAGAUGGGCGGACCUCCUCACAGCGUCUUGGUCUACGUGACGAAGAGGGGCGGCUGGGAGAAGUGGCAAGAAGACGAAGUCCUCGUGAAACAACUCAAUUCCUCGCUCGAUCUCGGGAUUUCCAUUGUGAUCAACUACCUGUAUGAUGUACCACACGGCGUGAAGAAGGGAGUGAUAAUGAAGAGGAAUAACGCCACAGUCACGCUCUCUCUGUUUAAGGACACGCAUGAGUUACGUGCGUCCGAAAUCGGGAUUGCUAGUUAUGGUCUGACGGACGUUAACCGACCUGUCAUCCCCCUGCCUUACUGGGACGCGUUUGGUAACGGUUACAUCAUUACUAUCUGUGUACAUCUCAUGCACAAUGCCUCGUUUGUGGGCGUUGCCUGCUCCGACCUGAGCAUAGUCAACUUACUCGAGGCGGAACUCAACGUGGAUGACAUUGAGGGCGGUUAUGUCUUCCUCGUGGACUCCCUCGGCAGGGCACUGAAGCACCCGCUGCUUCCCGAGGCCCACUCCCUGGCCGACGACCCGACUUACGUGACGAUCGACAAGCUCGAAAUCGCUCCGGAGGUCAGGCACAUUCUCCAAAAGGCAGUCAGGCAAGAAGAGGGGAACGAGCGCCUACCAGGGUUGUACAUCGAGUCCUUAAUGUCGUCAAGAACAAGGGGCUGAUCAAAUUUGCCCCAGACUGUUUUAUCGACGUUUUAUCAUACGUCCGUUGGGAGAUCGAUGCGGCAAGGAUCUAUGGCAUCUUCAAUGGAACUCUGCCUUAUGAUGGAGUAUUUAGGGAGGACCUGAGGCCGAGCGUGAAAUUCUUGGAGUUCGCCGAAGAGACAUGGAUGAGUGACCCGCACGUCAGCGAGUACGUAGGCAUUCGCUACUUAGGCACAGAGGACGGCAGCUUCAUAUCCUUCCACGGGACUGAACUCGAGCAGACGUUCGACCAUAGGGAUCGGUCAUGGUACGAAUCAGCCCUAUCGAACAUCGAGCCCUCCACAAUCUCCUUGACGACCCCCUACUGCGACGGAGACCUGGGGAUGGUGUGCACGAUGUCCAAGACCCUGCACGACAAACGGGGGAAUCCUCAGGCGGUGGUGGCAGGGGACUUAACUCUGCAGUACAUCACGACGCAAUUCCUCGAUCUUGUACCUUACUGCACGAGUCAAACGUGCCUUCUGGUGGACCAUAUGGGCUUCGUGGUUCUCAGGUCAGACUGGACGAAUCACUUUGACAACAAAUGUCACAAUGACAGCGAAAUCGAAGGAUCCCACAUCAACCUCGUGGCGCCAGACAUUGCACGUGACCUGAUCGCCAAAAAGUACCUGAGGCGAAGGGCGUCACGAGUACGACAGGGACUCUACGUACUACUACUGGACGCUCGCCUUCCCCGGCUACCGCACGUUUCAUCAGGGACCCAACUACGACAUCCACAAGAUUGCGUAUACGAAUCUCUUCCUCGUUUAUCGCACCAUGAGGACGGGCAAAUAUCGUUGCAACUGCAAUCCUCAUCCGAAAGGCGAGCUGGUCAAAUGCCACGACACUUGCGAGAUGGAGUGUGAGUGCCCUUGUCUCGCCGGACCCGAUACCAUCCCGUGCCGUAACCCUGAGGCUGAUCUACACAGACAUCCUCUCCCUGCCUGUAAGCCCCGCGGCCUGGCGCUCAAGACCGGACGGAGCAACAUCCAUCAGAAUCGGCCUUGCGUGGGCUCCGGUUGCUCAGCCAGGAGUGAGGG